GUUGAAGGAGGAGUCGAUUCAGUUCUCGUUUAUUUUCACACACCGAUUUCGAGCACUUGACGCUUCUCUGCUACUCUUCUUCUCAAGUUACAAUCCCAACACGAUUCCACAGCUCAAUGCAACUUCUGAUCUUAACGCGGAAUCAACCAACCCUCCACCAGCUUGUUAUUAAGACAACUCGCUAGUUAAUGUUUUUUUUCUCAAACCCUUCUGAGUAGGCUACUUUUCGACAGGUGUUUUGGGCAGAGUGCCCGGAAGAAAAAUGUCCAAUGGGAAAGAUGCACCUGCGGCAGCGAACUCCUCACAGAUGACCCUGCAGGUGUGCCUUGAGGAGUGUAUGGAGGCCCUGGACCUCUUCCUCAACAACCACUUCAGUGAGAGCCUGGACAAACUGCGGCCACGGGCGAAGGAGAGCAUGUACCAUGCUCUGAUCUACGCCACUGUGCUGGAGAUGCAGGCUAUGAUGACCUUCCAGCAGGAUGACAUCGUCAACGCAGGCAACACCAUGAAGAGUGCCCAGGAGGUCUGCCAGAGGUUUCGACGAAAGUCCCCUGGUAAUAUCAGUAAAUCACCUGGAGAGCAUCUAACUGAAGAGCAGCUCCAAGCUCUCCAUGCUGAUGCGUGUUAUGCUGAAUGCUUGCUCCAAAGGGCUGCUCUCACCUUCCUACAGGAUGAGAACAUGGUGAGUUUUAUCAAAGGAGGAAUCAAAGUACGCAACAGUUACCUGAUUUACAAGGAGCUGCACACCUUCAUACAGUCAAACAGCUCUCUCCAAGGACCCAACCACAUUCACUUAGAGGGAGGGGUGUCUUUUGGGAUCGGAGCAUUCAACUUGACUCUUUCCAUGUUUCCACCUCGGUUACUCAAAGUUUUAGAGUUUGCUGGCUUCUCUGGAGACAAGGAGUAUGGUCUGUCCCAGCUGAAUGAUGGGGCCACUACAAACAACCUGCGCUCCAUGCUGUGUGCCUUGCUGUUGCUCUGUUACUAUACCUUCCUCACCUUCAUACUCGGGACCGGUGAGGGGGACGUGGCUGAUGCUGAGAAGCUGCUGAAGCCUUUCCGGCUCCGCUACCCACAGGGGGCCAUAUUUCUCUUCUUUGCAGGCAGGGCUGAGGCAAUCAAGGGGAACAUCGAUGAGGCGGUGGUGCUGUUUGAGGAUGGCUGCAAAGCGCAGCAGCAGUGGAAGCAGUUCCACCACAUGUGCUACUGGGAGCUGAUGUGGUGCUUCACCUACAAGUGCGUGUGGAGGAUGGCCUACUUCUACGCUGACCUACUGAGCAAUGAGAGCCGCUGGUCCAAGGCCAUGUAUGUGUACAUGAAGGCUGCUUACCUGAGCAUGCUUGCUCCGGGGGAGGCUAGGCCUUUUGGGGAAGAUGAGGUGGAGCUCUUCAGACAGGUGUCCACCUUCAAGCAAAAGAUAGCAGGGAAGUCUCCACCCACAGAGAAGUUUGCCAUUCGCAAGGCUAGACGUUACAAAGCUAGCUGCCCAGUGAGGCUCCCAGUACCUGUGCUGGAGAUGAUGUACAUGUGGAACGGCUUUUCCAUGAUCAGCAAGCGGCCAGAGCUGACCGAGGGCAUGCUGCAGACACUGGUGGAGGCAGAGCGCAUCCUACUGGAAUCUCCCGCGAAUGAGUAUUCAAUGGAUGACCGCUGUGUGAUCCACCUACUGAAGGGGCUGUGUCUGAAGAACCAGGGACACAUUCGGGCUGCAGAGGAAUGCUUCAACAAGGUGUACAACAGUGAGAAGAAGAUCAAGUUUGACCAUUACCUGGUGCCCAACGCUCUGCUGGAGCUCAGUGUGGUCUACAUAGACACGGGCCGCAAGGAGGAGGCCAUCAAACUACUGGUGAAAGCCAAAACUAACUACAAGGAGUACUCCAUGGAGUCACGCACCCAGUUCAGGAUCCAUGCUGCUCUCUCCAAACUCAAGUCUGACACUAGUGACCAAGAUGAAAUCACACCACUGUAGUAUAACAGGUGUCAUUGUGCUGAGCAAGCACUGGACUUGCUUCCCCUGCCAUCUGUAGAUGCUCCAGGAAGACUUGCUCUCUUUUUCAUCCUCAGCCACUUUGAUCACUGCCUCCCAAAUGUUACUUGCUUUGUGGUGAAAGUCUCCGUCCUUCAUGGAUGGUGGUCUCUCCCUGAUUAAAACACUUGAGUUUUGAAUGGGAGUUGGUAGAAGUUGCCUCUACCUGCUGGUUCUAGAUCAGAGGCAUUUUAUCCACCUACUGGGUGAUGAACACCCGUGGUUAGGUUCAGAUUCUAUCUUCAGUGUUUGAAUGUGUGGUACUUACAUCACUGUACUGGUUACCCAUAACAGUAGUUGGGAGGCAGUUGCUCAAAUUUGAAUACAGUAUAUCCACUUUUUUGUGGGGGAAAACAUGCUGAAAUGAACUUAACAAUGUAAGUAAUGUUUGGAUAUGUGAGGUAUAGUUUCGCUUUUAACUUCUCCAAAAGUGAUUGAGUAUUACUGUCAGCAGUUUGACAAAAGCAUCCCUUUGGUGAUAACUGAAUACAUAUGACUACAUAACGUAUGACAUUGCUUUGAUCCCAGAGUUAUUUUAACAAAUGUAUUAACAUUUUAUGUAGAAGGACCUUUAAUAAUCAAUAGGUCAUGCUACAUUUGUUUUAUGUAGUUGUCCCUGCUGCAAUGUACAGAGGAAAGUAGUCAGUUGAAAUAAGUUUAACCUCUGAUAGUGUAAACCUUAUUUUAAGUAAUGAAUGUCAAUCAAGACCUUGUACAAAGAAAGGUGUGGUUAAACAAUUUGAAAAACAUGAUUAAAUAUGUCCAUUUGCUAGAAUCCCUCAUUGUUUUAUAUUUUACUGGAGCGUAUCUCAGUGUAACCCAUCCUUGUCCAGAUUGCCCUAUAAAUAACAAACUGAUUAAGAGGUGACUUUACAGAUAAAGAUGUAUGACUGGUACCUACACGGAGUGUACAAAACAUUAUGAACACCUGCUCUUUGCAUGACAGACUGACUGCGCUAUGAUCCCUUAUUUAUGAAGGGGAGGAGGAUUAAAGGAUUUUUAAGCCUCGAGACAAUUGAGACAUGGUUUGUGUAUGUGUACCAUUCAGAGGGUGAAUGGGUCAGACAAAAUAUUUAAGUGUCUUUGAACAGGGUAUGGUACUGGGUGCCAGGCACACCAGUUUGUCAAAAACUGCAACGCUGCUGGAUUUUUCACAUUUAAGUUUCCUGGUUGUAUCAAGAAUUGGUCCACCACCCAAAAGACAUCCAGCCAAAUUGACACAACUGUGGGAAGCAUUGGAGUUAACAUUGGCCAUCAACCCUGUGGAACGCGUUAGACACCUUGUAGAGUCCAUGCCCUGACAAAUUGAGGCUGUUCUGAAGGCUAAAGGAGGUGUAUCUCAGAUAUUAGGAAGGUUCUUAAUGUUUUGUAUACUGUGUAUAAACUUACCUGCUACUUCCUUGAUGAACUUAAUCAGUGGAUCAUGACAUCUCACCCAGUGUCAAUCAUGGGGCAGCAGGUAGCCUAGUGGUUAGAGCGUUGGGCCAGUAACUGAAAGGUUGCUGGAUUGAAUCCUCAACAGAACGACAGAUUUUUACCUUGUCAGCUUGGGGAUUCAAUCCAGCAACCUUUCAGUACUGUUCUCCAGUAGGUUGUCAUUGUAAAUAAGAAUUUGUUCUUAACUGACUUGCCUAGUUAAAUAAAGGUUACAUACACGGUCUGCACAACAGUGUGCACUAUGUAAGGCCAGGGGAUACAUAUUUUACAUUGAAAUUAAUUUUGUGAAGUCAGCAAACAAAUACACAAAACCUAUACAUGAUCUAAUUGUAGGGUGUACACCUAAACUCUUGGGGCCAGUAUCCCAGACACAGAUGAAGCAUAGUCCUGGACUAAAAAUAUAUUUUCUAAUGGAGAUUCUCUAUUGAACAUGCUUAACCCAGGAUUAGGCUUCAUCUGUGUCCGGGAAACUGACACCUUAGGGUUGCAAUGAUAUUCAGGUAUUUUUAACAUAUUGAGUCAAGACUGAGGGUAUUGAGACCAUGACCAGACCAAGCCUGCAUUUACUUGGUCUCAGACCAACCCUCAAGAUCAAGACUCAAUUUCUGGUGUACAGUAUAUACAGCCUGCCGAUUUCAUAUGGUUCUGGAUGGUGGUUUGCUAACCCCAUGCCUAGCCUCAUCCCUCUGUAACUAUAACCUAACUUUAACCAAUUAAAAUCUGUGUCUUUGGA